CCGUUUCUUUGUCACAUUUGUAAUUUUUCCAGUCAUAUACAUAAUAUAUCUACUUGUGUUUUAAUCUUGAUAUUGAAUUCUUUUUGUUGCCAAGAUGACCAACCUCGUUGACCAGCUCCAUCAUGAUGAAGAGAUUCAAGUUGGGCAGCAAUCUCAAGGCGCCUUCGAAGCUCCUGAAAUAAAUGCUUUUGGCCAAAACUUUAGGGACUAUACUAAUGCCGAGACCGAGAGGCAGAAAGGGGUUGAUGAAUUCUACCGGUUGCAACACAUCAACCAGACAUAUGAUUAUGUUAAGCAGAUGAGAGAAAAGUUUUCAAAACUUGACAAAAUGGAAAUGAGCAUAUGGGAAUGCUGUGAGCUUCUUAAUGAAGUAGUGGAUGAAAGUGAUCCUGAUUUAGACGAGCCACAGAUUCAACACUUGUUGCAAUCUGCCGAGGCUAUCCGCAAGGACUACCCCGAUCAAGAUUGGUUGCACCUCACCGCUCUAAUUCACGAUCUUGGAAAAGUUCUCCUUCUCCCGAAAUUCGGAGGGCUGCCUCAAUGGGCUGUUGUUGGUGACACAUUUCCUCUUGGAUGUGCUUUUGACGCCUCCAAUAUUCAUCACAAGUAUUUCGAGGAGAAUCCCGACAGCAAAAACCCUGCCUAUCUCACUGAGAAUGGAGUUUACGAGCAAGGAUGUGGGUUGGAAAAUGUGGUUAUGUCAUGGGGGCACGACGACUACAUGUAUUUGGUGGCUAAGGAAAAUGGUACAACUCUACCUACAGCCGCAUUGUUCAUCGUCCGUUACCAUUCAUUUUAUCGUAUGCAUAAGGCUGGAGCUUAUACACACUUGAUGAACGACGAAGACAGGGAGAACCUCAAAUGGCUCCACGUAUUCAACAAAUACGAUCUUUACAGUAAGAGCAAAGUUCAUGUUGAUGUAGAAGAAGUGAAACCCUACUAUAUGUCACUCAUUAACAAGUACUUCCCAGAAAAGCUGAGAUGGUAAAUUUGUGUGCAAGUGUUUCUUGAAGAGUAAUGUUGGGCAUAGGAUGAAAGUUGUAUUUGUUUUAUUUUGUCAAUUUUUGUGCAAGUGUUUCAAUUGACUACAGUUUUAUCAUCUAAACUUUCGUAACACACCAAUAAAUAUGUCAUGGACUUACAAGCCAUUUUUUGUAAGCGAAUGACUGGUUUUAUUUUUA